AUGGCCACCAAGAAGGACAUGCGCCGCGACGACCUGAGUGCGCUGCCCCUGCCGCCCGCCCGCCCUGCCGCCCUGCCGCGCCGCGCCCGCGGCCACCCCGCCCGCGUGCACCCCCGCCGCUGCUGCCCGCACGUGAGAGCUAACUCGCCGCCUGCAGUCGUCCCCUACGCCGACCCGAACGAGAAGGCAAGCUCCGACCCGGAUUUUGCUGGCACCAUGGCCAGCACGCUGCCCAUGGCCGCUAUAUUCACGAGGAACAAGAUGAUCGGCUGGACCGCCGUCAUCUUCGCCCUCCAGACCUGGCUGGCGGAGACGCCGGAGCAGAAGAAGAAGGCGUCGACGCCCGGCUACUUCAGUGUCAUGAUGGCCUUCAUGUCCCUCCUGGUCUCCUACAUGCCCCUCUUCCUGCCGCCUCCCCCGAACCGGGCGAAUGCAGGCUCUGGCACCGAGGCUCCGGCAGCAGUGCCCCCGGCGUAG